AUACUGGUAGGGUGCGCUCAAUCUGAAAGGGGCUCAAGUCUUUAAAUAUGAGUCACAGUUCAAGAGAAUCUAAGAUCCAGCUGUCAGAAGUGAUAUACCCUCUGUUCCUAAAGUUUUGAAUGUACUUAGACGACCCCGGUAAAGUGUCAAAACCCGCCCACGGAAGUCUUACAUACAUCCAGUGGGACAGAAGCCAUUGGCUGCUUGGAACACAUCUACGUUUCUUUUCCUCAACAGGCUCGACCACCGGUAGAGUGCAAAGCUACAGUAUCAUGUGUAAGCUUUAAUCAUGCAUUGCGUCACAGAUACGUUCCUCCCGAGCAUGAUAGUCCACCGCAAACUACGAAGACCUUAAAUGAGGGUGAACAACCACAAAAGUCGACAGACCUCAGCCAUACAUUAAAAACAGCAUUGUGAUUACCGGGUACCGACUGCUUUCGAGCGAUCUAGAACCUCAAAUUUUCCCUUUGAGCGACUAUGCUGUCAAGAUCCCUGAAAUUGAAGGCGCCGCUUCCGUGGACGCGGUUAUGCUACUCUGACCGUCGAUGUAUGGCACACGUCGCCGAUAUCGCUGAAAUACCAACUGACGAUGACAAGCCAUUCAGAGUCCCGAUCGCAGAAGAAAGCUAUGAAACAUACAAUCUCGAGGCACCUCCACAUACCCUCGAAACAACGAAAAGACAACUCAAACAACUAUACCAUGACAUGUUCAUGAUCAGGCGCAUGGAGCUGGCGGCCGACAAAUUAUACAAGGAAGGGAAAGUCCGUGGUUUCUGCCAUCUAUCUAUAGGCCAGGAAGCCGUGGCAGUGGGGGUUGAACAUGGGAUCUCCAGGGACGACAAGCUCAUCACCGCCUACCGCUCCCACGGAACCACCUUGAUGCGCGGCGCCACCGUCAAGUCUAUUCUCGGGGAGCUGCUAGGACGCCAAGAUGGCAUCUCCCACGGGAAAGGCGGUUCCAUCCAUAUGUUCCGAGAGAAUUUUUUCGGUGGGAAUGGCAUUGUGGGAUCGCAUGUUCCGGUUGGAGCGGGAAUCGCAUUUGCCCAGCAAUACAGCAAUCGAGAUAGUGUAACCGUCAACAUCUUCGGCGACGGUGCGGCAAACCAGGGUCAAGUCCAUGAGGCCUAUAACCUGGCCAAGCUGUGGGAUCUGCCUAUCAUCUUCUGUUGUGAGAACAAUAAAUAUGGAAUGGGCACAUCUGUGCAGCGAUCAUCUGCAAUGACCGACUUCUAUAAGCGCGGCCAGUAUAUCCCCGGCUUGCGCGUCAACGGGAUGGAUGUCCUCGCGGUUCUGGCUGCGAUGCGUUACGGCAAGGCAUUCGUCCAAGCGGGCAACGGACCGUUGCUGUACGAGUACCAGACCUACCGGUAUGCCGGACAUUCCGUGUCUGAUCCAGGCACGACAUAUCGGUCCCGAGAUGAGAUACAGGCCGAGCGGCAUCAUGAUCCUAUCUCCGUUCUCAAGGAUCAAUUGACGGAAUGGGGUGUAAUCUCGGAGGAGGACACGAAAGCGAUGGAGAAGGAGGUUCGCAGCAAGGUCGACCGCGAGGCGGACGAGGCAAAUCAUAUGCCUGCCCCGGAGCCAAGGUUGGACGUGCUGUUCCAAGAUAUCUAUGUCCCUGGUAGCGAGCCCCUGCAAAGGCGGGGUAGAACCGUCGACGAGACGUACUACUAAGACGAACAGGCCAGGCCACUGAAGGGUGUCUCCUCAUAGUGAAUCAUAGCAUGUGAUCCGCAUCCAGCUGUGUGGGAUAUAUCAGUGCGCAAG